AUGGCGACGACGGAUGCCGGAGGCGGCGACUUCGAGUUCUUGUCAGAUCCCGUCGACGGGUUUCCCUUGCUGGAUCUUGGUGGCGGCGAGGCUAUACUGGGCAUUGUAGCCACCAAAACUCUCGCCUGCACAGCCGCCCAGUCGAGCAUUGCUGAUGUAGGCGACGCUGUGAUGACGGUGCAGCUAGAUUUGAACAGAAACUGCGAAGGCCUCAGCUUAUCGGCGUCAACCUCAAAGCAGUCAGAAGGCAAAAACGAUCCUCAAGCCCCUGGCUGGAGAAAGAGGGUGUACCAAAAAGAAGUAACACAUGGUCUUGCCGAUGUAGAUGCCCAUCAAUGA